GGAGCGGCUGCUGAGGAAGAGCUCUACGCUGUACGUGGGGAACCUCUCCUUCUACACCACAGAGGAGCAGAUCCACGAGCUCUUCGGCAAGAGCGGCGACAUCAAGAAGGUCAUCAUGGGGCUGGACAAAGUGAAGAAAACCGCCUGCGGCUUCUGUUUCGUGGAGUAUUAUGCAAGAGGAGAUGCUGAAAAUGCAAUGCGCUACAUCAACGGAACCAGACUUGAUGACAGGAUCAUAAGGACAGACUGGGAUGCAGGAUUUAAGGAGGGUAGACAAUAUGGACGUGGAAGAUCAGGAGGCCAGGUCCGAGAUGAGUAUCGGCAAGACUAUGAUGCUGGAAGAGGUGGCUAUGGCAAAACCGUUCAGUGCCAGUGAACAGUGAAUGACUCCUCAGCCUCGCAGGAGAACUAGAUCUGCACUGUAAAUGUUACAAGGCACAAAGUAGGUCUGUUGCACACAAAUUCAUGUAGCUAGAGAUUCACAGAAACUGCUCUCCAUGUUCCUAUGAUCACGUAGCGUGUUCAGUAUCUCUUCUGUUUUAAUACCAGGAUCCAAAGCAUUGCAGAGUACAUAAAUACAGAGGACAUGGGAGCAAGGUUUUAAGCACUAGUAUGGGUGGGGCUUUGGUGUCUUAAUGCUGCUGGAACUCUACUAAAAGGAACAAAGGUUUAAUGGUAU